CCUUCCCGGAAGUUUGAUAUAUCCAUCCACAUGUAUGAUAUACCUAUCCACCCUAUAUAAACCACAGAGUAACAACAGAUUUCUCAGGAAAAAUCCUCAAGCCAGAAAAAAAAAAUCUCUAGACCAUGUUUCGCCAAGCUGUCAUCUUGUCUUUGCUAGUAAUUCUAGCAAACAUUCAAGGCAACCAAGCUGUAGACUACACCGUCACCAAUACCGCCGGUUCGACAGCCGGUGGGGCACGCUUUGCUGCAGAAAUUGGGGAAGAUUACAGCAAGCAAAUGUCAUCAGCAGCUACAGAUUUCAUAUGGAGGGUGCUCCAACAACCCAAUGCAGAAGACAGAAAAGCUGUGGACAAGGUCAGCUUGUUCAUCGAUGACAUAGAUGGUGUUGCUGCUUAUGCUUCCAACAAUGAAAUCCAUUUCAGCGCAAAUUAUAUAGGAAAUUACUCUGGUGAUCUGAAAAGGGAAUAUACUGGUGUUCUUUACCAUGAAAUGGCCCACAUCUGGCAAUGGAAUGGUAAUAGGCAAGCUCCAGGAGGGUUAACUGAAGGAGUUGCUGAUUUUGUGAGGUUGAAGGCUAACUAUGCUCCCAGCCACUGGGUGCAGCCAGGACAGGGUGAUAGGUGGGAUCAAGGGUAUGAUGUUACAGCUAGGUUUUUGGACUAUUGUAAUGAUCUGAGAAAUGGGUUUGUGGCUGAACUUAACAAGAAGAUGAGAGAUGGUUAUAGUGAUCAGUACUUCGUCGAUCUCCUAGGGAAGACUGUUGAUCAGCUCUGGAGCGAUUACAAGGCCAAGUAUGCACAAUAGGGCUGUUUGAAUUUUGUAGAAAAUAAAACUUUCUAUUUCCAUUACAUUGAAUCCAUGUAUUAUUUACUAAAUAAUGUAUCCAUAAUUUUAAUUUAAUAGUAUUUGAGACAUUUUUAUA